UCCAAACCUCUCCGCUUCUCCUCCGCCUUGUUUGCUGUCAUGGAGUGUACCGUGUUCCCUUAAGCACAAUGUGCCCUCGGCGAGACAGGACCCGAUCGAGCAGCAGACUACAGUGUUUUACAAAACCCACUGCACUUCUGGUGAGGAGACGUCAAUACAACGACACAGAGAGAGAGACAGAUGUCGUCUUGGCCGCAUCCCAUGUCUUGUGAAAUCGAAACAUUGCUUUUGGUUUUGGAUCGUCACAAUCAUCGUCACACCUCGAAAGUCUUGCGCUGUAGUACAAUUAGCAGGACAUUUAUAAAGUAUUCUUGAGGAAUUGGAGUGUUUACACUCGUCACCUCGGGACUACUUGCUGGUUUAUAUGCAUCCCGUCAAGUGGUGCAGUGGGUGUCUUUGUGGAUCUGGAAUGCAAAGCUCAGACCUCAAAUGCAACAUGACUACAGAAGACUUCUAUCACCUGCCCCUCAACAUCUAUGUCAUUAUCCUGGGCAUAGCCCUCUUCGUCUUCAUGCUCAGCCUCAUCAUCUGCUGCUACAUGUUCAGACUACGACGACAAAGCUCUAGAGAACAGUAUGGAUAUAAUCAGGUCGUUUUGAAAGAAGCAGGAAAUAAACUCCAGCUUAUUGGUCAAAUGUGCGCCGUAUGCUUGGAAGAAUUCCGCAGCCGUGAUGAACUCGGAGUGUGUCCCUGUUCCCACGCCUUCCACAAGAAGUGUCUGCUGAAGUGGUUUGAGAUCCGCAGCGUCUGCCCAAUGUGCAACAAGCCCAUCUCCCGCCUUCUGCCUGAGGCCUCAGUGCAGGGAACCCAGGCGCCCCAAGACCCCCCCGACGGCCCGGAGAGGCUGGCUCUGCCCAAAAGAGCCCAACCAAAGGCCAAAGGAGAAGAGGAGGCCUAUAGGGAAUGUGACGUGCCAUGUUAACAAGUCCCUGCUUCUGUGGGUCUGUUGAUCAGUAGUAUGCGGCUGCGAUAGAGGAGGCUGCAAUUUAAGAACUACUUUCUUUCAAGGUAGUACUUAUAGUUUCCAAACCACUUGUAGUUGUACAGGUUUAUUCAAUAUUCUACUGAAACUGCAGCUUCCUCUGUCGCAGAAACAUACUGCUCGUGUUGGUUCUGUCUCACAAGAUGGCGCCCGGCAGUAACUAGACAUUCCCUAUACAGAUAUUUACCGAACAUUGUAACACUGAUCAUGGCUUCACAAGGAGUGAUUGGGUCUAUAUUGUGUCUGCAAUAUGUCUCUGCAUCAUUGGCAGGUUCCCUCCAAUAAGCAGCAAAGAGUCACGGUUUACACAAACUAUCCCGAAAGGCAGCAUAAAGACUCAACUAGGUUACAAGGAUGGAUGUAAUGGUGUUUCAUUGGAUUGUCAUGAACUGUCAGGAGAAAACUUCUUCAAAAAACCCAACACCAGCUAUUCAAAAAAAAGAAAGACAUCAACUCCUGCUUUUGCCUCUGGGGUGAAGGCAUGUAUACAGCAAUGAGACUGAGAGUUUAAAGGACUAUUGCCUUGACUUCCAAAAAAAAACUGGGAUAGGGGUUAAAUUCUUGUUUGGCCGGUUGGUUAAUGGGAACACCUGUAAGCACUGCCACAUGUUACACUCACUACAGGGUUUGGAAUAUAGAAGGAAAUAUAGUAAAUGAAUAUGGUUGAAUAAACAUAUAUCAUUUUAAGUUAUUUCUAGAGGUUUUGUAUCAUAAAUUGCUUUUAAUAAAGUGGGCAUUACUAAAAAUA